AUGGUUUUGCCACAGCUUCCUGUUUUUAGUAUUACCAUCUCUCAGUUUCCUGUUGUUUUAUUCUUUUUCCAUCCUUCUGUUUUUUUUUUUCUUAUUCGGUUUUUCUUAUCUGUUUUUCUCCUUCUUCCUUCUCUUUCAAUUUUCUCUCUUUCAUUGUUCUGCUUUACUUUUUUUUCUCUUCCAUAUUUCUAUUUUCAUUCCUCCUUUUCUUUCCUUCGUCCGUCUAAUUUCGUUCUUUUCUUUUCAAUGUCGUUUAUUUAUAAUUCUGUUCUAGUUUUAUUAUUCAUCUAUUUUCUUCUUAAAUCUUCAUUCUCUUUCCGGAUUCUUCUUUUUCAUUUCUCUUUUUCUUUCUCACCUUUUCAAUUUCCAACCCUCCUACUAACAGAUAAACACAGAAAGACAAAGCAGACUCAAUAUCUAUAUCUGGAAGGCUCCCCCUCUCUCUCCCUCUCUCUCUCUCUCUCGCUGUUUCAUCUUCAAGGCUUCUUCAUCCACGCACACCCUUCCAAUCCGCGGCCUUUGCCAUUCUCCUCUUCGUCGCGUUCUCUCGAUUUGAAAAAGACAAUAUUUUUCUCAGACAGGCGUUUUCUCAAAGGGCAGCUAGCUGAAGAAAUCUAG